AUGUAUCUUCGAGGCAAAGCUCUCAUGAGUGCCAUCACCACUGUUUGUGGUCUUGGCUUUCUUUUGUUUGGUUAUGAUCAAGGUGUCAUGGGAGGUGUGAUCGGAUCGACUACCUUCAAAGAGCGGUUCCAUGACCCUAACGCAACUCAGCAGGGUCUCGUGGUUGGUCUAUACGAUCUAGGAUGCUUGAUAGGAUUUUUGACAACGUUCGGUUUGUCUAAGUUCAGACGGCGUACAUGCAUUUGUGCAGGCGCAUCUAUCGUCAUCAUCGGGACCAUUUUGCAAGUCACAGCCACCACCAUAGGCCAACUCAUCGCUGGACGAAUCAUCACCGGCAUUGGAGUAGGUACAAACACAGCUAUCAUUCCUUCUUGGCAAGCUGAAGUCUCAUCCGCCCACAGCCGUGGCGCUCUCAUCACUGUCGAAGCAGCACUCAUCAUCCUCGGCCUCGCCAUCUCUAACUGGAUCUGUUUCGGCGCGUCUCACGCUACCAGCUCCCUUCAAUGGCAGUUCCCCAUUGCCUUUCAAUGUAUUUUCUCCCUCUGUCUGAUUUUUAUAGCGCCUUUCCUCGUCGAAUCGCCCCGAUGGACCGCGCAUCACGUUUCAAUUCAGAAAGCACGUGAAGUGGCAGCUCGGUUAAACGGCUCGAGCCAGAACGACCCUACAGUUCAACAGGUCAUCGGCGAAAUUGAACAGGCUUUGGAAGCCGAGAGUACUUCCAGCAGCAUGUUCGACAUCUUCAGACACGGCGGACAGCAGAACUUUCGCCGAAUGUUGCUUGGUGUUGGUGGUCUAUUUAUACAGCAAAUGACUGGUAUCAAUGCUGUUGCGUACUACAUGCCUGUCAUUCUCCAAGAAUAUGUCGAUCUUCCUCAUGACCUUGCCUUGAUCCUGUCCUCAGCAGCUGCCGUCCAGUUCUUCAUUGUGUCUCUCGUUCCCAUCUGGGUCAUUGAACGACUUGGCCGCCGCACAUGGAUGAUCUGGGGCGCUUUUGCUCAAAUGCUGACUCUCAUCUUUGUUGUGGCUGGUUUCAAUAUCGGAGGCCGAGGGGGCGGCAUUCUGGUAACAACCAUGUUUUUCCUGUUCUACGAUGCCUUCGCCGUCAGCUACCUCAACAUUCCUUGGCUCUACGCUCCCGAGAUCAACAAUCUGCAAAUGAGAGCUAAGGGGUCAGCCUUAGCGUCUGCAUCGAAUUGGCUCUUCAACGGAAUUGUUGUUACUAUUACACCUAUUGCUCUGUCGCAGAUCAACUGGAGAUACUGGAUUGUCUGGAUCGCUAUGAACUUUGCUUUCAUGCCACUGGUGUAUUUCUGCUACCCCGAGACACAGGGUCUUUCUCUUGAGAAGAUCGAUAAUAUUUUUGCUGGUGAUGUUGGACAUGGCUUCGGUGGUUUGACUCAAGGGGUUCGUGACAGUGUGGUCAUGACUCGAGGUGAGCAUGUUGCCCCGCCAUCAUCCAGCGGCGAUGAGGAAAAGGGCAAAGAUACUGCACAUACGAUGCAUCGAGAAAUGAGUAUCUAA